ACACUGUCAUUUAAUAUUUGACAUAACCGCAAAUCUAAUCGAAUGAACAGAUUUUUUAAAUUAUAAAAUAAGUUGAAUUGUAUUUGAAAAAUAUAUAAAUUACGAGCCAGAGAAAAUGAUAACUAGGUGCUGUUGUAUUUCGGGCAGUAGGUUGUUUUGCAGCCGAUUCAAUGUGGUAAAUAGUAUGCGCUGCAGGAAUUAUCAUGUCAUAUCUUUCUGGACUAUUCAUGCGGAUAACAAACAAAUCAAUAAAUAUAAUUUAUUCGAUCAUCGUUAUGAAUUCCGACGAAAUAUCAACCACACUCCCAGCAUGUUGGCUGCUGCUGCUGUUAUGGCUACAGAGAGUACGACAGCAACUUUAACAACAAAUAGCGAACCGUCAUUCGUUGAACUUGGCUUAGGUGGUUACACGCCCGUUGGUAUUCUACAAAAUGGAUUGGAAUUUUUACAUGUAUCGUAUGAUUUGCCAUGGUUUGCUACAAUUGCAAUUAGUACAGUUAUAAUUCGUAUUCUAAUCACGCCAUUGGUUGUCUUAGCCCAUCGAAAUACGGCUGUAAUGUGUAAUGUUUUGCCGCAAAUGAUUGACAUUCAAAGUAAAAUGGUUCGAGCGGGUAAAGCAGGUAAUGCUCUUGAAUAUGCCCAAUAUAAGGAGGAAUUGAGGAAUAUCAUGAAGGAUAAGGGUUAUAAUCCAAGCAAAAAUAUGCUCGUGCCAUUAGCACAAGCACCAAUAUUCAUAUCGUACUACUUUGGUAUCAACGCAAUGGUCGAUGCACCGGUUCUGUCCUUGCAAACCGGAGGCAUAUUUUGGUUUACAGAUUUAACUGUUGCUGAUCCCUAUUAUAUUUUACCCUUAAACAGCAAAAAUUCAAAAAAAUAAAUAAAAACUCAGUCAU